AUGAUGGCCGAAAGUAAAAAACUAAUACUCCAGGGAGGUACCACCCGUACAUCGGGUGGAGAAUCCUCCACCGUCGCACCGGGUAAGCCGGGGGCGGUCAGCCCCAUGUAUCUGGAGGGGGCAACCGAGGCCAGAAGAGGGAGAGGGGUUGAGAGUGGAAGAGAGGCGAAGGUGGUGUUGAUGAGGGAUGUGGAUCUGGACAGGAGGAGCAGGAGUGAGUGUGACGAGGCGGAGUACUAUAUGGAGCGCUCUGACUCGUCGCUCUCACUAUACUCAGAUGACGGCGCUGCAGGAGGAAGCGAGCCCAGCACAUCACGGGCUUCGCUGCGCAAAAGACGAAUGAUAGAGGUGGAAAUUGACCCGGAUUUGAUUUUCGAAGAGGAGGUGGAGGUCGUGGAAGUAGUCGCGACCCCAAGGCCUAACCAGAGGCUGCCGAAGGACCCGGACUUUGAGCGGGCUAAGGCCGAUUUGGCUGCCGCCACCCUAAGAGAACUGGAGACGCAGGCUACCGCAGUUAAGAAAGCGAGUGCUCCGAAACCGGCGGCGCGCCCUACCACCCGCAGACCCUCAGCUGAGGAUGCGCAGCGCGCCGACGUGUUGGUAGCGGACAUUCAGGAGGGUGCCCUCAAGGUCCUAGAGGCUAUUAAGAAGUCUGGCCACUUGAAGGGCACAAUAAUUAAAGAGAUAAAGGACGCCGUUGCUACCAUCCGCGCGGCGUCUGAAUCUUUAGAGGGAAGGACUGCGUCAACUGAGUGCGCAGCAUUACGAAGAGAGAACUCCCGGUUGUCGCGUGACUUGGCGGACAUGCGGGAAAUGAUGACUGCCAUGAGGGAGGAGUCCGCCAAGUACUACGUGGAACUCAGGGAGUUAAAGAAGAAGACCAUGGGGCCUGCCGCUCAGGGCAUGGAGGAGCUGGCGAUGCUCAAGGCGGAGAGGGUGGAAUGGGAGCGAGAAAUUACCGCGACCCGCAACUCCUAUCAAGAUCUGAUGAAGAGGAGCACGGACGAUCGUGUAGCGCUCACCACGCUACAAACCGAACUGGCGGCAACCAAAGCUGCGCUGGCAAAACAGCCACAAAGUGCGGCCAUGGACGUGACAUCCGGCGCUCAAGGUGUUGAGUCGAGCGAAACGCCACCCAUCACCGAGGGCGCCGAGGCGCGAAUAGUCCGUCAAAUCGGGGACAUUUUUAAUGCCCGGUUUGAGAGGAUAGAAGAGCUUGUGGGCAGGCAGAACAACCCGCCGCCCAAACGGCCCACGGUCGCACCCCGAACACCUGGGGUGGCCAAGAAAGGGGAAAAUGCGGCUCCUGUUGCCAGCACCAGUGGGGCGGGCCUGAGCGCUUCUCAGCCGACUCCCACUAACAAGGAGCAGUGGACGACGGUCGUCCGGCGUGGGAAACGUGCGAAGGGCAAGGAGUCGGCCCCAGCCACCCAGGCGCCCACUGGAGGGGCGAGACCAGCCCAAAAGGAGGCCACACAGAAGGCGUCUAACGAGGCCGCCAACAAAAGGAAUGCGAGAAGGAGGCAGUUCCGACCUCCGCGAUCCUCGGCGAUAGUGCUGACGCUACAGCCGGGGGCCGCGGAGGCAGGAUCAAGUUACAGCUCGGUGCUCCGAGAGGCGCAACAAAACAUCCGGUUGGAUGCUCUCGGAAUCACCGAGCUGGGCUUUAGACUGGCGGUCACAGGGUCCCGCAUACUUGAAGUGCCGGGACCAGUGGAGGAAAGCGGCGGAAAGGCGGAUGCCCUCGCCGCCAAGCUGUCGGAGAUCCUGCCGGCAGAUGUAGUUGCCGUCACCAGGCCGGUCAAGUCCGCGGAGUUCCGUGUCUUGGACCUGGACGACGCCACUGGCACAGCAGACGUAGUGGCAGCCGUAGUGCGUGAGGGAGACUGCGCCGAGGCCUCCGUAAAAACGGGGGAGAUCCGGCGCUCUCCCUCAGGGAGUGGCUCCGUCUGGGUCCGAGCCCCGAUAGGAGCAGUGAAGCGGCUGGUGGAUGCCGGCAAACUGAAGGUGGGGUGGACGAUGGCACGGGUGCGGUCCUUGGAUCCCCGGCCGAUGCGGUGCUACCGCUGCCUGCUCACGGGUCACGUGGGCCAGCGGUGCACCGCCAAGGAGAACCGCGGCGGAGCUUGCUUCCGCUGCGGACAAGACGGCCAUAAGGCCGCAACGUGCACCGCCCCUUCGCCGCAUUGCCCGUAUUGUGCAGCGGCGAAGAGGAAGGCGGACCACAAAAUUGGGAGCACCAAAGGGUGCCGUCCGCCCAAACAGGCGGCGAGAGUGGAGGCGAUGGAGGCCGAGUCCGGCCCGUCACCUCCCACCACGGGCCUCGCGGCAGCCGAUGCGGGGGCGUCGGCUGUCACCUAA